AUAAAGAAGAGAGGUUUGUCUGGAAGCUGCUGACUGGGUCAACAGAGGCUGAACACUGAGGAGACAUGGAAGCUGUGAUUGGACUGUUGCUGAUGCUACUCAGAGUCUCUCAUGGUGUGGAAGCAUGUGAUGGCAGACAGAAUGGAGCUCAGUGUUAUGGAGCUUUGGGAGGAACUGUGGUCCUCCAGCUGAAGGACAGCGCCUCAGAAAUAUUUAAAUACCAAUUGUUAAGCAGCAGAAAAGUAUUACUUGCAGGGAGAAAGAAUCAGAUUCUGUUUAAUGUGAUAGAAAACAGAUCCUCAUUUACUCCCAUUAAUGGAACAUUUAGGAUCAACAACCUGAGCUGGACUGAUGGUGGUGAAUAUGCUCUAGAAAUCUUUGAUUCAAAUGGAAAGAGAUCAGAGCAGCGGACUGUACAUUUGACCAUUCAAGCUCCUGUGUCCUCUGUCCUGCUGGUCUCUGAGUGUCUGUCCCAGGGAGAGAUGAGGGUGUCCUGCUCCUCUGAGGGAGGGGACAGUCCUCAGUACAGCUGGACUCUGGAUGGACACACACUGACAGACGCUCAGCUCCUCUCUGGAAACAAUGAGAGUAACAACAUCACUCUGAAACAAGAUGUGUCAGGACAGCUGGUCUGCUCAGUCAGGAAUAACGUCAGUAGUGUCUCCAAAAAAGAGAAGAUAUCUACCUGUGGCUUCAUAUUCAUUAACUGCACCAUCAAUAUGACACACAUAUCACAGUGGGUGCUUGAAGCCAGUAACACCCUGUGUAUUGAACCAGCAACAACACCUACCAUGAUCACAGAAACUGAGACCUCCACUGACAAUCGCUCCCAGCUCAUAUGUGGUGUGCGAGCAGCUGUGGUGAUUCUUUUAUUAAUUGGGAUCGCCAUCUAUUUUGUUUGGAAGAAAAAUAAAUAUCAGAUAGCUGAAGGCCCUGCCGACCCUCGAACAAAUAUCAAGAGAACUCUGUUGUGAUGGUUGAAAUGAGAAGUUCUGCAUCUGAACUUUAACUUUCUGAAACCAACACCUCAGUGUCGCCCCUCGCACCUGCUGUGAUUGGCCUCAUGUCUUUCUGGAUGUGAAAACAAGGUUUAGAGUGGAAACUCUGUUCACUCUG